UGGAGUGCACAGAGAGUUCGUCGCUGUGGCGGGGAGUACCAAGCGUGCGUCAAACCGCUCAGAGUUGAAUAAAAAGGAAGGGCGGGGAAAUAUCGGGGUAUUUAGUUUGUGCGACUUUUAUUGCUGCUGUGAUAUAACCCAGCUAGCCCGUUGACUGUUUUAUUGUUUGGAGAGAGCAGUGCGCGUCAAUGAAAGGUUUAGGUAAAGUUGUUGCUGAGUUGUGUGUGAGUUCUUAACCUCCUGGCUCGUCUGCUCCUGUCAUCAUUACGCACGGGAGGAAUCCCGCUCCAGGAGCGACAAGAGGACGUUGAGAACAGGAAUGUUGAGAAACAGUAGUGGAACAGAGAAGAAAACCUUCACUUUCGCAUCAUGAAGACUGGAGGGACUGAGUGUGAGCCUGUUGAGAGACUGUCCUGGAGCUUUACUGGAGGUCAAGGGAGGAUUAGGCUGUCUCUAGCCCACCCAGGGCUGCUGCUUCUGGGGAUGGUACUGCUGGUCCUCCUGCCCUCUGGAGCAAGUGUCAAACAGAGUGUCCCCAGAGUCCAACUCAGCUACAAAGAGCUGGUCCAGAGUGGUAGUGUAUCAGUGUUCCUGAGUCCUACUGAUGGUCUCCAUUCCCACUCUGUGUUGUUGGAUGAGGAGAGAGGCAGGCUGCUGCUGGGAACCAGAGACUCAGUUUACCUACUGGACCCUGACCACCUCAGUAGAGCCCCCAGGAAGAUCAGCUGGCCAGCCCCCAGAGACAGAGUUGAGAUGUGUAAACUGGCCGGCAAGAAUGCUCAUUUGGAGUGUGGCAAUUUUGUGCGUGUGCUCCACAACUAUAACCACACCCAUCUGUAUACCUGUGGGACAGGAGCCUUCCACCCCAUGUGUGCCUUCAUUGAGAUCUCAGGACGCAGAGAGGAGGGUGUGUUCCAGUUGUUGUCCGGUACAGUGGAGUCUGGGAGGCUGAAAUGUCCUUACGACCCCAGGCAACCUUUCACCUCUGUACUCACAGAUCAAUUCCUGUAUGCGGGCACAGCAUCAGACUUCCUGGGUAAAGACACAACUUUCACCCGCUCCCUGGGCCCGCCCCCUGACCAGCACUAUAUACGCACUGAGAUCUCAGAGGACUACUGGAUCAACGAGGCCAGGUUUAUAUCAGCUCACCCUGUGUCCGACACCUACAACCCAGAUGAUGACAAGAUCUACUUCUUCUUCCGAGAGUCAUCACGCGACAGGAGCGAUAAGAGUGUCCUGUCCCGUGUAGCACGCGUCUGCAAGAAUGACGUGGGAGGUUUGAGGAGUCUGACCAAUAAGUGGACGACGUUCCUCAAAGCCAGACUGGUGUGUUCCAUCCCUGGACCGGAAGGAGUGGACACACACUUUGACGAGCUCCAGGACAUAUUCAUGCUUCCCACUAGAGAUGAGAAGAACCCUGUAGUGUAUGGAAUCUUCACCACCUCCAGCUCUGUGUUCCGUGGCUCGGCGGUGUGUGUGUACAGCAUGGCUGACAUACGAGCUGUGUUCAACGGACCCUACGCUCACAAGGAGGGACCUGACCAUCGCUGGGUAGAAUAUGAGGGGAGAAUACCUUACCCUCGCCCUGGAACGUGUCCCAGUAAGACGUAUGACCCCAGGAUAAAAACCACCAAGGACUUCUCAGAUGAGGUGGUCAGCUUCAUCCGCUUCCACCCACUCAUGUUCCGCUCCGUCUACCCCCUGAACGGCCGGCCCGUGUUCACACGUGUACGUGUCGACUACGCACUGACACAGAUAGUGGUGGACCGCGUCAUGGCUGAGGAUGGACAGUAUGAAAUCAUGUUUCUGGGUACAGAUGCUGGGUCAGUGCUGAAGGUGGUGAGCAUCACUCAGGAGAACUGGUCCACUGAGGAGGUGAUUUUGGAGGAACUCCAGGUGUUCCAGACUCCCACUCCAAUCCUGAGUAUGGAGAUCUCUUCUAAACAGCAACAGCUAUAUGUGGGUUCGGGGGCGGGGCUAGCCCAGGUGUCACUGAGCAGGUGUCACCUGUAUGGUCAGGUGUGUGCAGAGUGCUGCCUCGCCAGAGACCCCUACUGUGCCUGGGACGGACACACCUGCUCACGGUACAUCUCUGCAUCCAAGAGGAGAGCUAGGAGACAAGACAUUAAACAUGGAGACCCAUCCAGCCAGUGUUGGGACACAGAUGACACUCUGCGUGGAGGCAGGGUGGAGGAGAGGAUAAUGUUUGGGGUGGAGAAUAACUCAACCUUCCUGGAGUGUCUCCCCAAAUCACAACAGACCACCACACGCUGGUUCAUACACAGACCUGGAGCUGAACACAGAGAGGAGGUGAGGCCAGAUGACAGAGUGGUCUUUACAGACCGUGGUUUUCUCAUCCGCUCUCUCCAUCCUGCCGACGCUGGCGUGUAUGUGUGUGUGGCACAGGAACACACACACUUCACACACACUCUGCUCCGCCUUACACUUCGUCUCAUUCCCUACGGGCAUCUGGAUGGGCGGACCAAGCCCAGCGAGGACCCCAGCGUCGAAGUUCGCCCCGGGGCUGAGUCUCGUCAGCGCUAUAAGGAUUAUCUGCGUGUGAUGAGUUCUCCCAUUGGCUCGCUGGAGGACUACUGUGAUUCGCUGUGGCAGGAAAAGAGGCCGGCCAAUAGGAGAGGGGGGAGAGGGCAGGGGGCGGGGUUAGGGGCAGGAAAAUGGAAACACAUCCAGGAGCUGAAGAAGAGCAGGAACAGACGACACCAUGGAGAGAGGGGUGCAGAGAGGGAUAAAGAGAAGCAUGGCAAGAGGGGUGCAGAGAGGGAUAAAGAGAAGCAUGGCGAGAGGGGUGCAGAGAGGGAUAAAGAGAAGCAUGGCGAGAGGGGUGCAGAGAGGGAUAAAGAGAAGCAUGGCGAGAGGGGUGCAGAGAGGGAUAAAGAGAAGCAUGGCGAGAGAGGUGCAGAGAGGGAUAAAGAGAAGCAUGGCGAGAGAGGUGCAGAGAGGGAUAAAGAGAAGCAUGGCGAGAGGGGUGCAGAGAGGGAUAAAGAGAAGCAUGGCGAGAGGGGUGCAGAGAGGGAUAAAGAGAAGCAUGGCGAGAGGGUAGGGCAGUGGAGGAGUGGAUGAAGUGGUGAGGGUACCAACGAGGAGGAGUUGCUACUGAAACAGCAGUAGCGAAAAGUGUAAUCAGUCAAAAUAUUAGGGGAGACCAUCAAUGUUUAUAGGUGUAAGACGGGACAAUAGGGAAGAUGAUCAUGUUUAGUUGAGGGACAGUUAUAACGGCAUGGGAACGGAUCCUGCAGUUGAUAAUAUGGACCACGGUAGACUCUUCUUACAGAGGUAUAAUCUUCUUUCAUACCAGUCAAACACUCAUAGGGGUCACGUAGGCCUGGAUUCUCAAACUACCCAUGAUCCCUAUGGCUGUGUCUCAAUAGUGUCUCAGUGCCUUUACUGACGUAUCAAAGUAACCUUAUUUAAGAAGGGCUGCAGCUAAUGUCAAAAGUUAUUUUAAAUUCCAGCGAAAGUUUAGAACUUGUCUGCCGAAUUUGGGACUUUGGAGAGUGUUUAGAAUCAUUAUGUUUUGAUCGUAGUACACGUUAACGCCGUAGUUGUACAUUUAAGGGGAACAUCACUGCAAUCACUAUGCCUUAGUUGUCAAACUGAUAUUGGCUACACUUGCUACAAACAACUUUCUUUUGACAAUUUUAACUACCGCCUUUGCAAGCUAACAAGCAUUAACUAACUAAGCUGGCUUUCGGUGGGUGGGUAGGUUUGUUCAAAGUCUAAGUUCACAGCGAGAGUGUGACAUGACCUUGACAUUAGCUGCAUCCCUUCUAGCCAUAACUCUAUUUUAGCCGUAUGAGACGUGCCCAGAGCUCAGUGUGUUGUGUCUUAAUCAGAUGCAUUCAUGUUGAAUGACUGUAAAUACUUCUAUGACAUGUACAGGUGAAACUGCAUGCUCUAGUUAAGCUUAGAUAGGACCUAUUCUACUGCUACUAUGAUAAUCACAUAUUAUGUCUAGAAGGAACAAAGAAUCAUAUUUUUGUACAAAGUGAAUGUUUCUCUUUUUGUAGGUAGAUUUAUUUUGGUAGAGUCUGAAAGUUAUGUAAAUAAACUCUUGUCUUAUAA